AUGAACUCGGUUUCCCGCCUUGCACAAGUCCGGGUCGUGGUUUGCCCGGGCAGCGAGAGACGAUUGCUGAAGUUCAUAGGCGCGCAAAGUUCUGAGCGGGCAUCCUUGCGCAACACAACGCGGCGAAAACGCUUCCUCGCGCAGCCAUAA